CAUGUACCAAAUAAGAUUCCUUACAGUUGCACCUCAACAGGAGGGAAGUAUUAAGGAAGAACCGAUUUCAGAAAUUCCAAACAGUCAGACCUGGCAGUUUGACUGGGCAUUAAAUAAACUGGAUAACUCUGUCAGAAAAACUGGUCGCAUCCCUAAAACUCUUCUACUAAAAAUCUUCCAUGAAAUAUGCAAAACAGGGUGUCCAGGGAGCAACCAGACCUUGCUUUUGCUGCGAAGUUGUGGUGCUCUUUUACCAGAGGUAUUGUCUCCUGAAAGAACAGAACUAGCCCAUAUGAUAUGGGACAAAAUGAAAGAACUGGGUGCUGUGUAUGAUACAAGCCAUUAUAAUGCUUUACUUAAGGUCUACCUUCAGAACGAGCAUAAAUUUUCUCCGACAGAAUUCUUGGCCAGAAUGGAGGAAGCUAAUGUGCAGCCCAAUCGAGUUACAUACCAAAGGUUGAUUGCUGCUUAUUGCAAUGAGGGUGACAUUGAAGGAGCAAGUAAGAUUCUUGGAUUUAUGAAGAACAAAGAUCUCCCAAUCACUGAGGCAGUAUUCAGUAGCCUUGUGAAAGGUCAUGCAAGAUCAGGAGAUAUGAAGAGUGCAGAAAAUAUCCUUUCAGUGAUGAGGAUGGCUGGUGUUGAACCAGGUCCAGACACCUAUUUAUCACUGUUGAAUGUAUAUGCUGAAAAGGGGGAUGCUGAUAGCAUCAAAAAGACUCUAGAAGAGGUUGAGAAGACGGAAGGGUACCUUAUGGAUAGGAUUUUGAUGCAGGUGAUUUUUAGCCUUGCCAAGGCUGGAUAUCCUCAGUACAUCGAAGAUAUUAAAGAACGCAUAAGGUUUGAAAGGGAAUUAAUUCCAGAUGCAAUGAACCUGUGUUUGACUCUGAUAACUCACGGCUUCGAAGAUAUAAGUUUCCGUAUUUUGAAGUCUUUUAGUCAUUUAUCACGUGAUAAUGUGGACCAGGGUAGCUUCUUCUUGCAACAUUGUGUAAAUAGAGAUAUGCCCGUGAAGAAGCUGAAGCAAUUUUGUAAUGAGUUAAAAGAAGCAAAAAUGCACUCGGCACCGUUACCGUUUAUUUUGCGUUGCGCUUUGGAGACCAACAGAUCAGCCUUGGCCAUUGAUGUGAUGAAGAUGAUGAAAGAGGAAGGCUUGCCACUCAGACCUCACUAUUCCUGGCCACUGCUGGUUGGGUUCCAGAAAGAAAAGAAUCUUGAAGGUAUAUUUGAGGUCCUCAAAGUGAUGCAUGCGUUGGGGGUGGAACUUGAUACAGAAACAUACACGGACUAUGUUUUUAAAAACUUUGCUGAUAGUGAAACUGCCCGUGCCCAGCUGAAGAAAAAUGACUGCCUAUUUGAAACUGUUGGAUUCUCUGUAGCGGAAAUAAGAUACGAAGCAGCACAUGGAAGACUGAACAAUGUUCUUUCUCUAUUGUCUUCAGCAAGCACACCUCCUAUUGAUAUUCGUCAGUUUAGAAACAGCCUCAUUUUGGGUUUUAAAAG